AAUCGUUCGAGACAUCCCCCUACACUGCCUCCGUAUUUCACAAGUCGAGAUACCUUCCCCCAUCUCACACCCCGCACCAAAGGAAAACGUUCCUCCCGACACUUUUUUUUCUUUUGGGGGAAGAACGGAAAAAACACUUUCCCAUGAAUUCCAAACGCCAGCGCCGGCAAACGGCGGGGACCUUGCUUUCCAAUUUGCUCAAAACCAACAAACCAUCGACCGCGCAACCACGGCCGGAAAUACAAAUCCCACCCCGGGGUAUUGGUCCAGUCUACGAACCCAAUCGCAACGAUGUCUUGUGCGGCCGUGGGGGACGGAUCAAUGCGCAUGCCGGGAACGUACAGUUUCGUGAACUCGUACUAGCCCGCAAGGUCGAGUACCUGCACAAGAAUACCAAAAAAUUGGAAAAGGCGCACAUUGCCGCCGACGUCGUGCACUCCAUUCGAUGCAUGGAUCCGGGAGGCCGCUUUCUGAAAGAGGACGCGGACGGAACGUGGUACGAUAUCGGGGACGCCAAGGCCAUCAAGAAAGUGGGACAAGCCUUGCGGGAAGACGCUCCCGAAGUACGAGAAGUUCUGGAGGAAACUGAGGAAAAGGCUCCCGUCACCGUCUCAACGACUAACGGUACCGGCCAUACUGCCGUGGGCAUAGCCCAGGCCGAAAAUACCAGGACGGCCACGACUCACAGUCCCGGUAGUACCGUGCCGGUUCGAGGAGGUGCCAGGGCCGGGGUGAGCCCGCCUCGGCCACAACAAACACUCUCGAACGGGAACAGCACGAGGAAUGAUCCCCAUCGACCAAUUGCUGUUCAGGCACUUGAUUCCGCCGCCUCGCAAUAUCCUCGACAGAUCAUGCCACCACCGGCGCUGGUCACCAGUGGUCCUAACUCGCAAAAUCGAUUGAAUCUAGGUUUGCGUGGAAUGAUGCCCAAGACGGCCGCUUCUUCGGCUGCAACUGCCGCUAUUGUCCAAGACUCGGACGUUGCCUUUGGGCGUACUUUCCAUCCCGCCGACUCCGGUGGCAGCAGCAUGAUCUCGGGACUUUCGGGACCCACGAAUAUAUCCGGCAUGUCGGGCAUUUCUGCCUUGACCGACCCAAUUAGCGCCUUAUCGUCCGGUACCGCUACGGGACACGGGACCGGCAACACUCACGCGUCACACGAAGCCUUGCGGACGUCGCAACUGCUGGCCAUGCGGCAGCAGUGGGCCGCGCAGCGUGCGGCCAGCACCGGUACGGAUGUUUCGAAAUUUCGCGAUUCGACUGGUUUGGGAAAUUCGCUCAAUCAGCCGCUGCAUUCGGCGUCGGACCUGCUCGCUUCGGACAGCAUGAGUUGGGCGGAAAACUCAUUGACGGGUGGUGGCAUUCGGGAUAGUGCUUCCCACGUUUCGGGUAUGAGUUUAGCGGCCUAUUCGGCCGCUUUGCAACAAGAUCAGGUUCAGCAGCACUUCGAAUCGCUAUUGCCUACGUCGGAAGGACGCGUGGGUGGUGGCGGGGCCUCGACCGGUAGUUCUAGCAAAGACACUACGAGCAGUAAAUCGACCAAUCGCAUGGGAACUUCGGGAACCUACCACCCCCACCAACUACACCAGCCACGAGUAUCUUCGAGUGGUGUAUCGAUUGCGAGUAUGAGCGUGGCGUCCAACGCAGGAAUGGAAUCAUUGCCAUCGGUGGAAGCUGGUAGCGUCAUGUCCGAUAUUUCGGAAAGUUUGUUGGCUCUGGAGUUGGCCGAAACAAAUAUGUUGGGGGACUUUGAGGGGAUGGAAUAGAAGCUGUAGUUAGAUCUCGACCUUUCCCAAACGAAGGUAUGGACUACUACAGUCAUGUAAUUUGUAAACGUUUGCGUUAAAAUGU